AUAUGAUCAGGUUGGCCUUUAUAUAACUAGUGCAUAUAUACUAGAACAUAAAUAAGUACUUUACAAAAUAUCAGGCUAACCACAUGUACCGAGGUUCGAUAUCCAUUCUACAAGGAUUUAUCACGGAGGUGUAUACAAUCUUUACUAAAGGUCAGUAUGUCUAAUAGGAAGGUGUUAUUCGUGGUGACGAACCACUCCAAGCUCGGAAAUUCGGACAAGAAGACGGGUUGGUAUCUACCGGAAGCCGCCCACCCGUACAAGGUGCUCACCUCGGCCGGAUACCAUGUAGAUUUCCUCAGCCCCAAAGGCGGAAAGGCGCCAAUGGAUCCAGGGAGUGCCGAUGCGUUCAAGGACGACCCCGAUUGCACGACGUUUCUGAAGGAACACGCCUCCAAGAUGGACACCACCCUGGCACCUUCGGCUGUCAAGGCAGGUGACUACAAGGGACUGUUUUACGUCGGUGGGCACGGCCCCAUGUUCGAUUUACCCGGAGAUGUCGCCACUGCGAAGCUCGCGGCCGACAUCUACGAACAGGGCGGGAUCCUCGGGGCUGUCUGUCACGGAACCGUCGGUUUCGUGCCCAUUAAGGUGUCUGGCAAGCCGCUGGUGAAAGACAAGACGGUAACGUCAUUCACGAACGCGGAGGAGGACGCGGUGAACCUGUCGAAGGAUAUGCCGUUUAUGCUGGAAACCAAGCUGAAGGAACUAGGUGCGAAAUUUGUGGGAGCGGAUUUGUGGGCGUCUAACGUGCAGGUGAGCGGGCGGCUGGUAACUGGGCAGAACCCGGCAUCCGCCAGUGCAACUGCGGAAAAGAUGGUGGAACUCCUGAACGACGUCAAAUAGGGCGUUUGAAGCCGCAGCGACACCAGGAUUUAGAGGAUCGCUUUGCACUAAUUUGCAUAGGCGGCUGUUUGGAAAUUACAUUGUUCAUGACAAUCCUGAUGCUUGAAUGUAUUCAUUUUGAGUAUUUACUUUGCAGCUAGAACAAAAACAAAUUAUGAUAGAACGAACGGUCGCCAGAUGUUUUCAUAUAUUUUGGCUUUGCAUACAUGUACACCCACGUUUUCUAAAGCAUCAUUCGAAGGAAUCGGUUUUAAUCGAGAUUGUACUUUCAGUCAGUCAUUCAGACAUAAGUUUAAACAUUUCCAUUCCAUUGCACAAAAUACAAUUUCGGGCAUUGAAUGAUGUUAUACUUAAAUAGAAUGAAGCAAUGUUUUAUUUUGUCUUGGAGCUCAAUAGAUUUUAUAGUUUAUUACAGAAAAUGCGCAUUUAUACUUGAAUCAUGAUUUAAUUUUUGUUUGCGUAUAAUUUGCCGUGUUUUAUUUAGCAUUUGUAAGUAAAUUUGCGUUAAAAACUUAGAUUAUGUUUAAAGGGACUUUCGCAUGUUACUCAUGUUUUUGUAAAAUGCACUAUCUUUUUGUAUGACGAAAUAAAAUGUGGUAAAUGCUUAAAAGGAGUGUUAAAACUAAGAUACCAAAAGCUGGAAAUGGUGUUAAAAAUAUGGUCAUUUAAGACCACAAUAAUUAAAAACACUAAUGGUCCCUUAAUUGUUGUUGCGUGAUUGGUUGAUUGACAUGAUCCAAGAUGUUUUCAAUAUAUUGUUAAAAGGUCAAAAUAUCCAUCACUUUUGUAUAAGUCUUAGUGACCUAGUGGUGAAGGCGUCGGUUUUCCUAAAACAAAUCUUGACUUUACCCUCAUGAGGAUGCACCCUACUUCAACCGAUAUACUUGUAUUAUAUAUUUGUACCUUUUCUUCAAUUUUGAUAUCAUAAAAUAAAAUAAUGAUAAAAUAAAUGACUACAGAUGCAAAA